AUGGCACAAGCUAACGGCGGACAGUCCUCCUCAGAGCUUAAAACGGCAGAAUCAUUAACCUCAAAAGAUUACUACUCAGACAGUUACGCCCACUUUGGAAUUCACGAAGAGAUGUUGAAAGAUGAGGUCCGAACGCUGAGUUAUCGCAACUCGAUGAUCUGGAACCAACAUCUGUUCAAGGACAAGGUCGUACUGGAUGUCGGCUGUGGGACUGGAAUCUUGUGCAUGUUUGCUGCCAAAGCUGGAGCCAAGCAAGUCAUCGGAAUUGAUAUGUCAGGCAUUAUCGAUCAAGCCAAGAAAAUCGUCAAGGCUAAUGGAUUCGAAGAUACUAUUGUCUUGAUCAAGGGUAAACUGGAGGAUGUCGAAUUACCAGUCGACAAGGUCGAUAUCAUUAUUUCCGAGUGGAUGGGUUACUUCUUGCUGUAUGAGUCCAUGUUGGACACUGUCCUGUUGGCUCGAGACCGAUACCUGAAACCCGGUGGUUUGAUGUUCCCCGACUCGGCAACAUUGUUCAUGGCUGGCUUGGAGGAUCAGGAUUACAAGGAAGAAAAAAUUAACUUUUGGGAUGAUGUCUAUGGAUUUGACUACUCGUGUAUCAAGGAGAUUGCUCUACGGGAACCCUUGGUUGACACCGUUGAACUGAGAGCGGUGACUACCAAUCCCUGUGCUGUUCGGACCUUCGAUUUGCUUACUGUGACCAAGGAGGAUUUGGCAUUCGAAGCCCCAUUUUCCCUUGAAGCCACUCGUCAAGAUUACGUCCAUGCACUGCUUGGAUGGUUUGAUGUAUCAUUCAGGGCUUGCCACAAGCCAGUCUCCUUUUCCACCGGGCCCCACGCCAAAUAUACCCACUGGAAACAAACCGUCUUUUACCUGAAGGACACACUGACCGUUGUCAAAGGCGAUAAAAUCGAGGGGACACUUGCGGUCCGUCCAAAUGCAAAAAAUCAUCGUGAUUUGGACAUCGACAUUUCUUACAACCUCGCCGGCCAGCAGCAGACUGCAUCAGAUGCUUUAUCCUUUAAAAUGUCAGUUGUCCUAUUCUAACUCAAGAUUUGAUCUCCUACAAGUGGUCCCAAUGGGGAGUAUGGCAUGGCCUUAAACUGACACUGACUAUACCUCAUAGGGCAUGAAUAUCACAGGUAUUGAU